AUGGCAGCCUUACACAGCGGCUAAGAUGGAAGCUCUACCGCACAUAUGUACAUCGGGCCACGAGAUUUGGAGAUCGCGUUGUCCUCUUAUUUGCUUUGACAUCGUCGAGCUACAUCUCCCGGAUCGUGUCAUGCGUCAAUUCGGUUUGGAGCAGGUAAUUCCGCAAGCCUGUGACACCCAACGUCAACUACAUGCGAUCGAUCGGAGGACUGGGGACAAGAACUACCUCGUACGACAUAGAUCGCAUGUAGAUGCGUGGAACGACCGAGCAUCUACAUUGGUUGGAGGAGAUAACUUCACAGGUCAUAGCUCUGCUAUGUACAUGAGUUGGUACAGGCGCAUCUCCAUAUUACGCCUAACGAACACCGCAUUUGCGCAGCCAGGAUCACAUUACCAUCCGACAUCUACGUUACUGGCUGAGCGCAUCCGAUCGGUGUUGAUACAAUGUAAUGACACGAUUCAAGGGGCCGCUACAUCGCCAGUUGACGUGAGCUAUCGGCUAUGUUCUCAGACCUUAGGCUCCAUUAAUGCGUCGUUGACCGAUGCAUUGAGUCAAGCGGGUUAUGAGUACCUCAUACUGACUCCACCCGUCAUUGGCGACGUAGAUGACACAUUCCACACUCCUUCUCCAAGGAGUUCAGCCCAUCGAGGUAGCUCUUCCUGAGGAUCCAGUUCUCGGUCCACAAGAGGCCGCCAGCGUUCAUCUACUCAGGGUCGGUCUUCCAGAUCGCCAUCGACAUCCGCUACUAUGUCGCCGUUCGUUCCUCCGUCUUCCAUCAACACUCCUCCGCCACAUCCAUCGCCUCCGCAAAGGAUUAUCACAUAUCAGCAUGCUAGUCAACGACGAGCUCCUACUCUUAAUGUCAUUGCGGAGGUUGACGAGUUCACACCAUCAUCAUCCACCGGUGCG